AUGGCGACCGAGAACUACGACCCCUGCUACCCGGACCAGCCGGUGGUGCACCGGUACCUGCCCCUGUGGGCCAGGAUGCCGGCGUUCGCCGCCAAGCCGGCCUUCGUCUGGGCCGACGACGACGCGGCCACCGGCGCCAUGUCAUCCACCGCGAUCACCUACUCCGAGCUCAAUGCUGCGGUGGAGCGCCUGGCGUCCGGGCUCCUCGGCACGCUACGGCGCGGCGACACCGUGCUCGUGCUCGCCUCCCCGGGCCUCCGCCUCGUCAAGCUCCUCUUCGCGUGCCAGCGCGCCGGUCUCACCGCGGUGCCCGUCAUCCCGCCCGACCCGUCCAGGCCCGGCCCCGCGCACGCGCAACUCCUGCGCGCCGUGUCUCAGACGAGGCCCAGCGCUGCCGUCGCCGACGCGCGCUACGUCACCGCCGUCGCUUCGUCGAGCCGGCUAGCCGCCGCGCUGAGCGGCCUGCGCUGGCUGUCCGUGGACGGGCUGGACGAAGGUGAAGCUGGUUUGCCGGGCGCCAUGGCGGGCCACGCGGGCUGCGGCGCGGGAGACGCGUACCUGGUCCAGUACACGUCCGGCGCGACGGGCGUCCCGAAGCCCGUGGUUGUUACCGCCGGCUCGGCGGCGCACAACGUGCGGGCGGCGAGGCGGGCCUACGACCUGGGCCCCGGCAGCACGAUCGUCUCGUGGCUGCCGCAGUACCACGACUGCGGCCUCAUGUUCCUGCUCCUCACGGUAGUCUCCGGCGCCACCUGCGUGCUGGCCUCGCCCGACGCCUUCCUCCGGCGCCCGCGCCUUUGGCUAGAGCUCAUCUCCGAGUUCAAGGCGACGUGCACGCCCGUACCGUCAUUCACGUUGCCGCUCGUCCUCCGCCGCGGCGGCGGGCGCUCGGCGUCGGCGCACGGACUGCAGCUCGGCAGCCUCCGCAACCUGAUCCUGAUAAACGAGCCGAUCUACAAGGCGUGCGUCGACGAGUUCGUCGCAGAGUUCGGCCGCCACGGGCUGCGCUCCGAGUCGGUCUCUCCGUCGUACGGCCUCGCCGAGAACUGCACGUUCGUGUCCACGGCGUGGCGGAGCACCAGCGGCCGCGUGGACGGCCUCCCGUCGUACAAGAAGCUUCUGCCGUCGGCGAGGCUGCCAUCGUCCAGGGCGCACGAGGCGUCGGAGAUCGAGAUCGUCGUGGUGGAUGAGAAGACCGGCGAGCCGGUGAGGGACGGCACGGAGGGGGAGGUCUGGGUGUCCUCGCCGAGCAACGCGUCGGGGUACCUAGGCCACCCGUCGGCGAGCCACGAGGCAUUCUGCGGGAGGAUGCCGGGGAGGGCGGGGUCGUGCUUCGUGCGCACGGGCGACCGCGGCGUGGUCACCGGACCGGAGCGGUACCUGUAUGUCGUCGGCCGUAGCGUCGACGUGGUCGUCUCCGCGCUUGACGGCCACGUGCACGCACACUACGUCGAGACGGCCGCUUUCGGCAGCGCGCCGGACCGCGUGAGGGGUGGCUGCAUCGCCGCUUUCACCGCGCCGGCGACAAGGUCUUCGAAGGAGCAAAUGUGCGUCGUCGCGGAGCUGCAGAAGGGAAGCCGCAGCGAUGAUCACACGAGUCUCUGCGACGGCAUAAGGCGGUCAGUGUGGGAGGCGGAAAGGGUGAGGGUUGGUCGGGUGAUGCUUGUCCAGAGCGGCGCGGUGCCGAAGACGACGUCGGGGAAGGUGCGCCGUGGGGCGGCGAGGGAGAAGUUGGUCGCCAGGCGGUAUCCGGUGGUUUUUGAGGCCCUGUACGACAACUGUGACGGCGAGGGCUCGACGCGUGCGGUGCGUAACGAAGAUGGGGAAAUGGAGGAGAGGUGCGCGGCGAGCUGGAUGGCAGGAGAGGGUGGGGUGCCCGCCAUGGCCACGGCCUUAGGUGGUGCAAGCCGCCGUGUUCGCGUCCAAUCGUUUCUUUGAGAAAGAAGUUUUCGAAGAUUAAAGUGUGUAGUAGGAUGGAUGGAAUUGUUUGGUUUGGUUUGUCUUGGUGAUCACGUUUGAUGAUGAAGCACCUCUCUCCCUUUUUGCCAUGUAGUAUUAUUUCUUGAUGUCCAUUUAGGGAAGUUGAAGAUCUAGUGUUUUUAGUGCUGUGUUAGUGAUAUGCCUUAAAAAACCUUUACGCAUGCCACAAUGUUAACACGAGUUUCCCUCGCAAAAAUAAAAUAAAAUGUUAACAUGAGUUAGCAUUUUUUUUUUGCGAAUCAAGUUAGCGCUCUUCCUAUGUGGCUAAUUUUAAUUCAGGUUUGAACGGUUCUCAUUCCAAUUUUAAUUAUAUCAAGUUUGUGUUCAUGAACCCGAAGUGUUUAAUAUAGGUAAUGUCAUUACUAAUCCUGGUAUCCGGGAACAAACUAAAGAGAGAUCUAGUGCUUGAACUAGAAGUCAUUAUAAAAAUAUUUUUUAUUAGCACUAGAUAAUCAUCUGUGCGUUGCAGCGGGACAUAAAUAUUCUACUAUGUUAAUUUAUGAUUUAUCGAAAACUUAAUUUGAUUUGAUAAACACCUUUGGCCUUUUUUUCCAAAGAAAAGUAUAAUUUUAGUUCAAUAAAAGGCGGGACAAUAUAGCCGGUUAAUAAAUGAAAAAACACACAGACCGGAGGAAU